CUCUAUGGUCACGUAAGCGGAAAGCGGUGCCGCACGUCUCCACGUGGGCGGAGUGCGCAUGCGCAGAGGCCUCACCGGUGGAAAGAUGGCGGAAGAAGAGCCAAGGAAAAAGAUCCCGUUGGUGCCAGAAAAUCUCCUGAAAAAAAGGAAGGCUUAUCAGGCUCUCAAAGCCACCCAGGCAAAGCAGGCGCUUUUGGAAAAGAGGAAGCAGCGAAAGGGGAAAGACUUGCGCUUCAAGAGACUGGAAUCGUUCCUGAUCGAUUCCCAGCGACAGCAGCGGGACAAGGCCCGCAUCAGACGGCUCGAGGAGAAACCUCACGCCUUGGAAGUGCCCGAUGGACAUUCCCUGGCCUUUGCUGUCCGCAUCCAAAGGAUCAAGGGGGUGAGUUUUCUGGUGAAGAAGACCAUCGCAAGACUUCGUCUGAAGAAGAUCUUCAGCGGCGUCUUUGUCAAAGUGACGCCCGUGACCCUGAAAAUGCUGCGUAUGGUGGAGCCCUAUGUGACGUGGGGCUUUCCAAACCUGAAGUCUGUCCGGGAACUCAUCCUGAAACGCGGGCAAGCCAAGGUUAAGAACAAGACCAUCCCGCUGACCGACAACACGGUGAUUGAGGAGCACCUGGGGAAGUUUGGUGUCAUUUGCUUGGAAGACCUCAUUCAUGAAAUCGCCUUCCCGGGGAAGUAUUUCCAGGUGGUCUCGCAGUUCCUGCACCCGUUCGGUCUCUCCGUGGCCCGUCACGCUACCAAGAACCGAGUGGGCUUCCUCAAGGAGAUGGGCUCACCUGGCUAUCGUGGAGAACGCAUCAACCAGCUCAUCCGGCAGCUGAACUAGACGCAGCUGAAAGCACGGUGCUGCAGGCUCCAGUUCCUGUUCCUGAACGGACACCACGCGUCUUCAGGGAGAGACCAUGGGUGGGGUGUGUGGCAAGCACCUCUCCUAGCCCACGGACAGAUCCCCGUGGUUUCUGCUUGGCCACCGCUCCUCCUGAGCUCAGCGAGGACUGGCAGCUGGCCUUGAGGAGGAGGGAGUUCUGCACGACCUCAUCCUCUGUCGGAGUUAAUGCUGGUGAACACCCAAGCACGUGAUCUGGCUGCCCAAGCUCCCAGUAGCAGUGGACCAAGCUCAGGGACAUACUUGACCUGGGAGUGCUUAGGGCCUGGUCUUGGAAAGAACUUGAAAUACAGUUCCAAGUUCAAACUGA